AUGCCUGGUUCAACAAAUUCUUCCAGAAAUUCGGGUGCCUCGACUCCUGAGCGAUUUAAUUAUGGUAACGAAAACAGUGCUACCGGCACCCCUUUAACAGAAAGAUCCUUAAUAUUCGAUGCCGAUGAUAUUGAAUUUGCCGUUAGAAAUGCAAUUAACGACAAAUGGAUACUGGUCGUUGGUGGUUUGGGGUUCAUCGGUAGUCACACAGUCUGGGAACUAGCCAAAGCUGGGUACAAUGUGGCCGUGGUAGACAAUCUCAGCAACUCGUUUUUCACCGUCUUCGAAAAGCUUCAGAUGAUGGUCGAUCAACAUUACAGUGUUCAGGGUAAACUUAGACACCGACCAACACUCAAGUUUCACAACACGGACUUUAGAAACAUCAGCAAAAUGACGGCAAUACUCGAAGAAUAUGACUAUCCUGGCAUAAUGAGCUUCGAUUCGAGUUCGCUGACUCUUUGCAACGGGCAACGAUCAUGCAUCUCAGGCGUGAUACAUUUCGCGGCGUACAAAGCUGUCGAGGAGAGUAUUCAGCAGCCCCUAAAGUAUUAUUCCAACAAUGUUGGCGGCCUUGUUGAUUUCUGCUCUCUUCUGCAAGAAUUUGGGAUUAAGAAAAUGGUAUUCAGUUCUUCUGCAACAGUUUACGGAACAAUUGCCGAUACUGGGGUACCGCUCCGCGAAGAAUAUGUGGUGGGGUCAGGAUGCUCGGGUCUCACAAACCCCUAUGGACGCACAAAAUGGAUGUGCGAAGCAAUCUUGAGCGAUCUCGCCAAUUCUGACCCCGACUGGGAGAUCACUGCACUGCGCUACUUCAACCCGAUCGGAUGCGACGAAUCAGGCUCGUUGGGUGAAGACCCUCGAGUUGCCGCCUCAAAUUUGAUGCCGGUUGUUUUGCGGGUGCUCACUGGAGCACUACCCGCGCUGAACGUGUAUGGCGAUGACUAUGACACUCACGAUGGUACGGCUGUAAGAGAUUAUAUCCACGUCACUGAUCUCGCACGGGGACAUUUGGCAGCUCUCAGCAAUCGACCAAGCGGUGGUUUUAAAGUCUAUAACCUUGGUACCGGUCAGGGAUACUCAGUGCUCGAUGUUGUGAGUGCGAUGGAGCAGGCUACCCAGAGCAAGAUCCCCAUCAAUAUUGUGGGCAGAAGAGGAGGAGACGUUGGGAAAUGCGUAGCACUAGCGGACAAAGCGGAAGAGGAGUUGAUGUGGAAGACGGAGAAAAGUCUGGCGGAUUGCUGUAAAGAUUUGUGGCGAUUUCUGGAAGGCACCGCGAUCACAAAAGGACAAGCAAAUUGA